GUCGUCGUCUUCACCGCCCGCCGCGCUCUCGAGGAUCGCGACCUUCCUCGCCGUCGCGGGAGAUCUCUCCGCCAGCUGCUCGAGGAAAUGCCGCCGAAAGCAGCCGACCCGACGGCGGAGGAGGGGGAGCCCGGAGGCGUGGAUGAUGCCGUCGCUUCUUUAGGCCAGCCGUUCGGGGAAAUGGCGCUCAAAGCAACCGGCCCGACGGCGGAGGAGGGAGAGCCCGGCGGCGCGGAGGAUGUCGUCGCCGCGGACGACAAACUCAGCGAACUCCCGGACGUGAUCCUGCAGCACAUCAUGUCGUUCUUGCCGGCGUGGGAGGUAGCGCGCACCUGCGUGCUCUCGCGGCGGUGGCGCCACCUUUGGGCCACCGCGCCCUGCGUCGACAUCCGCUGGGCGAUGGACCGCCGCGAGCCGCCGAAGGACAUGCGAGGGUUUGUGGACCAGCUGCUGAUCUCUCGCGAUGAGCACGCGCCGGUGGACAUGCUCCGGCUGAGUUUUAUUCGCGGGGAUGGUUACCCGUACAAAUUUGACAAUCGCGACGCCAAGGAGUUGAUUCGUGAAGCUACCAACAGAAAAGCCCGGGAGAUUCAGCUUGCAGAUCAUAGCAAGCGGUUCCAUGCAUUGGAUCACCAGACCUUCGCUUCCCACCAUCUCAAAAUCUUGAAACUGUCGUACGCCAAGCUGGUUGACGAGGUUUUCAGAGGAUUCUCUUCACAAUGCCCUGUCUUGGAAGAACUGGAGCUCAAGGAAUGCUGGGUACGUGCCCAUGAGAUUUCAUCAGUCACCCUGAAGAGUUUGAUCAUGGUUAAGUGCAAUUUUACUAUGAAUCUCUCUGUUGAUACCCCAAACCUCGUGUUUCUACAAUGCAUCACACCAGUGAACUGGGUUCCCGUGCUCAAGAACACUGGGUUGCUGGUUACAGGCAGUAUCAUGCUUGAUGACCCUAUACUUAGUGCUGUUUUUAGAAAAGAAGAUGAGGCGUAUGGUUUCUCUAACGAUGAUUUCUAUGUGGACUCUUCUGAUUAUUAUUUGGUUGACGGUUCCAGUGACAACAGUGAUGACUAUGACUAUGGAAGUGAUAUUGAUAGUGAUGCCGACACGUAUAAGUACAGUGAGAUUGCGAGUGGUUCUGAAUUUGAGCUGUUUACAAACCAUGAUGAUGGAGGUGAUUGUAGUAUGGGUUGUAAAUAUCAUGGCUCCAGUUCUAGCCAUGGGUUCAAUGAUUACAGAACUUUAGGUGGCCAAAAUGUUCUUCAGGGCCUUUCAAAUGCUAGAAGUUUGGAGCUGUUAGGUCAUUCAGGAGAGGUGGUUCUGAGCAGGGAAUCAAAAAGUUGUCCAACUUUUAGCAUUCUGAAGACUUUGUCCCUCGGCGCUUGGUGUAUCAAUAUGGUCGUUGACUUCGACAUAUUGAUUCUCUUCCUUCAGAAUUCACCUAAUUUGGAGAAGCUUUUUCUUCAGCUUGAAAUGGGUUACAACAUCCAAAAGGAAUUGGAAAGAGGUAUCAAACCAAAUGGAGGAUCAUUUGCCUGUAGACGCCUCAGCAUGGUGAAGAUCAAAUGCACCAAGGAUGAUCUUAGAGUCCAUAUUCUGGCGCAGUUGUUCAAUUCUAACGGCCUGCCCUUAGAGAAGAUUUUUGUCCGUCGAUCUGGGAGCUUCCGCCUUCGUAACUCCAAGCUGAUUAGACAAAUUGUCCAUGGCCGAUAUAGUGAGCGCAUGUGAAAUUCAGACCUACAAACGUUCAAGAUCAGGUCCACUAAGGAUGACGUAAGAGAUUCCAUAUGUUGGCGAAAAUUGUUCAGAGCUUAUGAUAUAAACCUUGAGAUGAUUUACCAUUCAUGUACAUUUGGAUUGGAGUUGGUCAUGUCCAGUUGAAGCCAUCAUCUUACUGUCCCUCCAGUUGCUCCUCUGCAGCAUGUCUUCAUCAGAAUGGGUCUAAAGCUUUAGCUGUAUUACCAAUAUACUGUUCGAAUUUACAGUUAACAGAAUGGGUCUGGCCACGUGGUUGACCCAGAAAUCAUCUACACGCUUCUGUCACCGUUUAUUUUUCUGCUAAACUCAUCAGUUUUGCUAUGUGAUUAAAUGGAUUCUGAACUCGUUGACCUGAAAAUGAGAUACUUUUUCACGUCAUGU